AUCGAAGUAUGUAAAUGCAAGCGAGAAGUUUCGAGGCUCGCUGUACGUGCUCACGUACAGCGAGACUUGUGUUGGUUCCAGAGUCCGGAAUGUACAGAAAAACACUGUAAACACGAUGUUGUCGGACGGCGAACUCGCCUUGUGAAUCAGUCGUGAUCGGUAGCUGUGAGACGCUAUUCCGCGUGAAUAUGUUACGAGAGCUCCUCCUCCCGAUCCUCACGUUAAUAUGUUUAAAACAGUGCGAACCGUCCCCUUCAUAUUCCAAGAAAGAGCUGUACGCGACACUUGAUCGAACGACGGAAUACUUCAAGAAUCUCAGCGAUGCGUACGACGUACUAGACGGUGGCACUUCGAAUAAUAUUAACAACGAGAUUGCGAAAUAUAUGACCGAUACGACCAGGGCGAUCCUUCAGAGAGGCAAGCGUCUAAGGAGGGGCUUUCGGAACGAGCCCGGUAGAGGUGUGAACGUGCUGAGGGCUUUCGAGGAGACCUUGUCACUCGACUUGAGGCUCUCGGAGACUUCGGACGUUCCAGACACUGCCUUCUUCUCCGUACAAGAUGAACACCGGCCGCUCCGGUUCGCAGCCACCGUCAACUCUUCACACAUCUUACUCUAUCAAUUGGUUGAUGAUCAAGUUCACCUCGCCGGAACGUAUCAGCAACCCAAUGGCAAACGGAUAAUCGUAAAUAAUUACAGCACUGGUACGCUUAUAGUCGUGCAAACGGACGCCAACGGAAUCGUUAUCCUGCGCCUCGGCAAGAACGAGGGCGGAGGAUACGAGUUGCGGUUCAAGCAAGAGUUCGAAAUACCCGGAGUGGUGCACAUGAAUACGUGGCUCGGGAUGAAUCAGCUGUACCUGGGAAUCGCGUCGGAAGCGAGAAUACUCGUGUACGUCUGGCUUGGAGAGAAUUUCGACAAGAUCGACGCGCUGCCCUACGGAGCGAGAGGACUCCUGCCCUUCCAGAGCAAGAGCGUCAUGCACGUCGCCGUCGUGGGGUCGCUCACGAGGAUACUCCGGUUUUCCGUGCGCUCUAACAAAUUCGUAGAGAUGCAGACGUUACGUCGCGCCAACGAUGUCGGUUCGUUUCACUUCAAGGAGGGUCAUUUCGAGGAGCGUUUUCUGGUUUUGGCCGGCAACGUGUCCACGAUCUUGUACAAGGAGAUGUACGGCCGCUUCGUGCCGUUUCAAAGAGUCGCUCCGGCCACGCAUAUUCAUUCCUUGACGAUGGGGAAUACCGUCGUUCUUCUCUCGUUGGAGCAGGACACCGUUGUUUUCUAUCAGUACAACGGCUGGAGAUUUCUAGGGUUGCGCACGAAAUUAUCGAACGUCCGGCAAGUUCGUUCUAUACGCUCGCACGACGAAGACGUGCUAGUGGUGCAGAAUCAGGCGGGAGAAUGGAAGUUCCUGAAACCCACUUGGACCGUGAAGAAAACGUGGGAGUCCUUGCGGGACGAAACAGCCGCUUGGUGUACCGAGACAAAGCGAAAGGCGUCUCAGAGAGCCUCGGUGAAGCUUCCAGGUUUAAAGAGUCCCGUGAUUUCGAACGGGCACAUCGGUCAGCUUCGCGUGCAGAACAUAAACGGUCAUAAUGCAGACGAAUUGGUCCGCUUGACGGAGCGGUACAAGAGUACAAUCGCCAAGUUAAACCGGACGCGCAGCCUCUUGGAAGAUGCCGAAAGGUCCAGGCCUGUCAUUUUGCAUGGCAAGAAGAUUACGGUCAAGUGCAAGAGGAAUUGUCAUGUUCACAUAAUUACGGAUGGCGGAAUUAAACCGACUGCUAAGUACGUGGAAUCGGAACCCGGUCAGAUCCUGCAGUUCUCCAAUUUGAAAGUACAGACGAUAAAGAACUGGAAAUGUCCCGUUCCUAAUUUCAAGAUCGACGAUAUAUUCGUUAAGGGAUCUGUUAACGGGAUACUGAUGCGAGACCUGCAAGAGCGAACUUUGAAAGUUUCAGGAGAUCAAGUUAUUUCAGGUCAGCAUUUCUUCAGCAACUUGCAUGCGACGAACGUUUCGAUUCCGUUAGGCAUCGCAACGACAAGCAUUGAGAAUAGGUACUGGAAUGUACACAUGAAAGAGGCGAGAGUAAAAGAUUUACGUCUAACCGAGGACUUCUUCUUACCGUUAAAUGGUCCCACUACUUUAACGAACGGUUUGACCGUUGCGAAAGUGAGAGUUACAGGACUCGUCCAAAUGUCCGGCAGACUAACAGGCGAAGGAAUAGAAAAAUUUAAUCCUUUGAGAGAGAUUCUUACACCGUUGACAGUGCACGGUGAUCGUUUCCUGCAGAACGUGACAUUCAGAAACUUCGUCAAAGCUAAAGAUAUCGUCAGACCUCGCGGGCUGUCCGUGAAAGAAAUCUUGGAGAAUAGCGUACCGCUAGAUUCGAAUGUGCCGGCGCAUUUGAUAUUAUCCAGUAACAAAACGCACUGGAGCAACGUGACUCUGUGGGAUUAUGUUACCACGAUGUGGGUAACGAAAAAUUCUGCUGAAACUGUCGUUAUUUCUGGUACAAAAUCCACGAAUAACAGUGUUGUUUUGCCAAGCGCUGUUUAUGAAAAUCUUCCCGUUCAAAAAUUGACGAUUCCGUUAUGUGCUGCAGAAGUCAUCAGCCCGGACAUUACAACUUCUUCAAUAAAAAUGGGCGAUUUAAUUGUAAAAAAUUUAAAUGUCUCGCACGUUCUCGGAGCUCAUAAUUUGAAUACAACAGUCUUCGAUUCGGCGUUAGCUUUACAUGACGUUGACUUUUCGGCAAAGUUAUUCGCAGGACGAGUCAUCGUGAGAAAUGUACUAGCGUCAAACAUUCAGGGAACAAAUCGAAGAUACUUGAAAAUUGAAAAGGACUGGAUAGGCAUAAACAGCGUCAGAGGACCGAUAAAUAUUGCAAAGCUCGUCGUUAACAAUCUCGAAACGCCAGCCUACUUUAAUCUGUCUUUACCUAGAAGAGUGAAGAAUGUAGUCAUAAAAGGGGAUAGCGACAUUGGAAAAAUCAAUAACAUAAGUAUACAAUCAUUCAUGGAAAAUGUACUAAAGGUGGACGACCCGAUAUCUUUAGGAAACGUAGCGUUCGCUCGUGGUUUUACAUCAAGCAACGUGCACGCUUCCCGCUCGACGUUAAAACUUUCGCAUUUAGAUUCGCAUCUCAAUUUGGGUCCAAAACGGAUUUCCACGAUCUUGAGUGCAGAUGCGAUAAGCGUGCCUCAGACCUUUGGUUACGUCGCGAGCGAAACACCAGCAACAUUUACUAUACGAGGAUCAGCCAGAUUUUUAGAGGAACCAGCCGUAGAAAAUAUAAGGGAUAUAAAUCUGAAGCAAUUAUCUGAGAAUGUAUGGAUGGCAAAUCAAGAUACAGUUUUAUCUGGUAGCAAUAUAAACCUUGAAAACAUGACUCUGGAAGGAAAUCUCAUCCUAACGAAUGCUAAUAAUUCGUUGAAUGUAAAAGAGUGGUCGGACAUGACGUCCAGAUUUUUAAGCAAAACGAAAGACCAGACCAUCACUGUAGCUUCGUCGUUUAAGAAUGUCGAGGUGCCUAUUAUAAAUGCAAAGAGUAAUUCAACUAUUCGGUCUUCAGAUUCGAAUUUCAACAAUUUGCUGACUAAUACGUUGAUGAGAAAUACGCCGCAAAUUAUAGAUGCUACAUGGCACUUUGAAGAAUUGUAUAUAAAUAAUAUGAAGUGGGAUGGUAAAUUUAAUGGUAUCGAUUUAAAAACGGAUAUCGUUAGGCGUGACGCAGAAAAGAAUAUUGUCACCGCGAAGAAAACGAUAUUGGGUUUGACAACUAAAAAUCUCCAGCCAUUAGAUAGAAACUUUUCGAACUUUACCAAGUACGCUGUAACACAAAGAUGUCAGAAGUUGUAUACAAUUAAGGGCCGAAAGACCUUUAACAACAUUACUUCGUCCAAUUUGAGCGUCAAAGGUACGAUUAUGGGUCGCGACGUCGACGACGCGUUACUAAAGUCCGGAAAUCAAACGCUAUCCGGCACCAAGAGGAUACAAGGCCAGCUUAAUGCACCGUCCCUUAUUAUCAAUGGCACUAUGAACGACAUAAAUCUGGCGGAGCUAACAAACAAGCAAAUGAAAAAACGUAAAGCGGUGCAGACGGUAGAAAGUAAGCUGGAUUUCAGAAACAGUUUUCAAGUUUACGGAAAUAUCACAAUCGGCGGACUCUACGAAAGGGUGAGAUUGGGAAAUAUUAGCGAUCCAAAUAAAAUAGACACCGUCUUGAAUAGAAUGACGAAAGUCGUCGCAUUGACGGAAGGCAUAACGACCGCAUUGCAAAAUCGUGCUAUCUACGUGAGCAAGUUUGAAGCGGUGAACGAGGAUGCGUUGCAAAUCGCUUCUAACAUUUCUAACUCUGAGGACGUGAAGUACAUGAAUCUUAACAGCGCUUGUCUUUGCGAGUCAGAAAAUGUUUCCUCGUAUUGUAACGACACGAAAUUAUUGAACGUUGUAGCCGGUACAAAUGUCAGUGAGUUUACGACGAAGAAACGGAUACUGCUGGACGGUACUGUGCUUUUGGUAUUAGUGUCGACAGAUUUCGUCUCGAUUUAUUCCGAUAUCGACACGGAAGAGUUUCAUCAGGUAGCAGGAUUAUACGUUCCUGAUAUAUUUGAAGUAUCUAUGGAACCGAUUGACAAUUCAUUGUGGAUUUUUUUGCGAUUGUCCGAGGAAACCUUGAUACUGCGUUAUCACGCAUGGAACGAGCUCGAGCAAUACGUUUUGCCGGGCUCAGAUUCGUUUGUGGUCAGUAAGACGCCGAGUGAUCAACAUCUGCUAAUACGAUCCGACGGUAUGUGGAAUCUCGGGGGGCUCUUCGGUCCUGAGCACAUUUUUAAAAUAUCUCUGGAAGGACAAGUAGAGACCUUCACUCUCGAUGCUAAUUACUAUGUCAAAGCGACAACGGAAAACAGUACGAUUGUUUUAAAAGCACGAUAUGUAGGUAACUAGUAUACAUAAAGUGUUCUUUAGUAAGUUUUCUCGCGGAGAGAUGAUUCAUAUUCAGAAAAUGUACAUUUAUAAAUACUUUUCUCACGUAUAUAUUUCUCGUUACUUGCAGUAGCUUAAAAUAAAAAAAGGGAGAAGAAAAUUUGUAGAUAUUAAUUGUAUGUGUUAACUGCGUCGAAAAAAA